AUGAAGAACUUCUCCACGCUCACAGCGCUGGCGCUGUCCACCCUUCUUCCCCUACAGGUCACUGCGCAGAUCCGCGUGCGCUUCAACCCCUCAAACAUCCGCGAGCUCGUCGACUCGGACUUUCCGGCGCUGGUCGUCGAGAGCGAGGCGCAGAGCUCGUCUGGGGGCUUUGGCGGUGCAAACUUCACUGUGUCUGCCCCAGAAGGAUCGUACCUCGAGGGUAACUACUACAAGUACCAGUACACCCGAACAGUCUCGCAUCUUGGUGAGCGUGUUGUGAAUACGGGUAUUACGACGUCGGAGGAUAAUCCGGGUCCGGUUACCCUUGCGAUUACUGGGCUCGAAGAGGGCGAGCAUAGUUUGUUGACGUGGCAUAACCUUUGGGACAACAGUGAUGGGCCUGCGGACGUUGACGUCGCUGUUGGAGGGGAGACUGUUGCGAGUGGCGUUACGCAAUCCGUCCGCAUCGAUAACAUCUGGGAGGCUGCUACCUCGUACAUCACCUUCUCCGUUGGCUCACCCGACGAAACCGUUGAAGUAGUCUACACGCCAAGCGGAGGCGACGGUCGAGUUUACCUCAACGGCUUCGAGAUUGAUACCCCUGCUAUUGAGAACCAGGUCUCCUUCCCAACGCCAGCGCAUCGUGAUGAGAGACUUCAGCCAGCUAAUGGCACCAGUAUUGUUGCCUCAUGGGGGGCGCCUACGGGCAUUGAGUCGCCGACGUAUACCGUAUACUUGUCCAGUAACAAUGGUAACUUUACCCAGAUAGCCCAGGAUUUGGAUAAGACAGAGAUGGAGCUCACAGGUCUUAACAAGCUUGAUACCUUUUACUGGCGUGUCGAUGUCGUCAACGGCGAGACAGUCUAUCCCGGACGUCCGUUCAUGUUUCGCCUCGCACACCUCGCCUUCCCAGGUGCAGAGGGAUACGGACGCUUUGCUCGCGGCGGUCGCGGUGGCAAGGUCGUAAAGGUGACUAGUCUGGAGGACAACGAAUUGCCCGGCACACUCCGCCAUGCAUUAACCAUCGAAACGGGCCCACGCAUUGUCAUCUUCGAUGUCGGCGGCGUAAUCACCACGACCUCUCGACUCUCUGUCAAUACCAACUACAUAACCCUCGCGGGGCAAACUGCCCCCGGAAAAGGCAUUGCAAUCCAGGGCUAUCCCCUUGGCCUCUCCGGCGCAUCGGACGUAGUCUUCCGCCACAUCCGCGUCCGCCCAGGGACCUCCUCCGGCGCAACCGUCGACGGAAUGGGGAUGUCCGGAUCAAACUACUGCAUCUUCGACCGGUGCUCCAUGGGCUGGGCGAUUGAUGAGUGCUUCUCGUCACGCACGGCCAAAAACAUCACCUUUCAGCGGAAUAUGAUUUCCGAGCCGCUUAAUGUUGCGGGGCAUCAGAAUUAUCCGGAGGGAACCGCGCAUGGGUAUGCGGCGACGGUUGGUGGAGAUGUCGCGAGCUUGCAUCAUAAUCUUAUUGCGCAUGCCGAGGGGCGCAGUUGGAGUAUGGGGGGUGGGGUUGAUGAUAAUGCGGCGUUUGCGGGGAGGUUGGAUAUUCGGAAUAAUAUUGUUUACAACUUUGGAGGCCGAGUCACAGACGGCGGCGCAAUGGAAGUCAACUUUGUUGGAAAUCUGUACAAACAGGGUCCAGCGAGUGAGCUCACAUAUGCGCUCUCAGCUACUUACGAAGAUGACAUGCCCGGGAGCCAGCAGUACCACUGCGCAGGAAACUCCAUGCCGGGCAUCUUCAACCAGGAUUCGGUGCAGUUCGUCGACGACGGCGAGGGCCAGACAUCCGAAAUUGCAUGCUAUGCUGAUGUAUCCAUUGAUCCGGCGCCCUCAUACCAGAAAUUCUUCGACGAGCCGUUCUUCCCGUCGUACAUUGAGGAGCAUACCUCAACGGAGGCGUACAAGCGCGUUCUCUCAGAUAGUGGUGUCUCACAGCCUGUGCGUGAUGACCACGACGCACGAAUAAUCCAGGAGACCCUCGAGGGCAGUUACACGUACUCGGGCUCUGUCUCCGGUAAGCCUGGCCUGAUCGACAAUGAAGCUGACGCAGGUGGUCUAGAGGAUUUCCCUACUGUGACCCGCAGCGCAAGCUGGGAUACCGAUGACGAUGGAAUUCCGGACUGGUGGGAUGGCUCGAGCGGUGGCGAGGGGUACACUCCUAUCGAGGGAUACCUUAACUUUAUGGCGGACCCGCACGUCUUUGUUGUACCUGGUGGUGAAGUGGAGAUUGACCUGGCCCGCCUUGCCCUUGGCUUUGUAGAUCCGACGUUCACAGCCGAGAGUGGAAUAUUGGGCAGUGUUGAGGUUUCUGGUGGAAUCGCUAUCUAUACCUCAAAUGGAGAUGCAGGGGUUGAUCACUUUACUGUCCUUAUUGAGGAUAGCGAGGGGAGUACGUGGGAGCGGACGAUCGGCGUUGCGGUAUUCGAGGGGGCAGAUGAGGUUGUGUAAAUUGG